AGGGCAGAGAGCAAGAGUGUGUGUCAUUUGGGAUUUGACGCAGACUGAUUUAAUCUUAUUUCAAUUGCUGGGGGAAGCAUUGAACAAGAGGCUGGCAUAUAGCAGCCUGACCCUUCUCAGCAUUCAGAAGAAGGAAAAAGAAAAAAAAAAGGCUUUUCUUAAAUUAGUCAGUCAGAGAAUUGGAAGAUGUUUAUGAAAAUCCACAGGCCAAAGAUCCAGUUGUACAACACAAAAGACAGUGCCCCCAGUCAGAUAGGCCUCCUCUGUCCCCCGGCUUAGCCUGAAUUACUGCAUCUCUGUAGAUAAAUAGGACAGCCCAAAAAGAGCCGUUCAGAAAGAGAAACCAUGCAGAACUAAGGCAAGUUGUCAGUUAAAAGAGAAGCCAGAUAGCAGAUAGUCACUUAGCUAUUACAGUCGUGGAUCCUCCAGAGAAGAAGAGUGAAUCUGUGCAGAUGGAAAAAAAUAAAGAAUCAGAAUUAAUGGAGGUUGUGAUGGAGACAAAGGCUGAGGCAGGAGCCAGUGGAUACAGUGUGGUGGGUGGAGGGGAAAGGGGUAUCUUCAUUAAAGAAGUCCUCAAAGACUCCCCUGCAGCAAAACAGCUAAGCCUCCAAAAAGGAGAUCAGUUGCUUAGUGCAAGGGUGUAUUUUGAUAAUGUGAAGUAUGAAGAUGCACUGAAGAUCCUUCAAUGUGCAGAACCUUACAAAGUGUCAUUCUUCUUGAAGAGGACUGUAUUUCAAAUUGAUGACAGUGCUAGUCAAGGUGCAUCAAAUGUUGAACUAAAAGGACCUACAGCAAAGAUACAAAGAAUGAGUGUAAAAAGUGUCAAGCCAUUUAAAGUCAAAAAGAAAAGAGGAGGGAGAUUUGGACUGAAAAGACUGAAAGAGAACAAGAGAGCCAGAGAUACAAUAGAAUUGGACAUUGAAAGCUCACCAGCUACACAUGACAUAAAUCCUGCUGAUUUGGAGUUUGCAUUUCCAAAGUUUAAGCUGAGUAAACAUGAGAAAGCUUUUGCAGAGGAAUUGGGAGAACUAGAAGUGAUCACCAGUGGCAUGAAAAAAAGGAAACUCAGAUUUCCAAGGACAAAAGCAAAAUCUGCUGCAGGAUGUGCGGAAGUGGUUUCUGCAGAUAUUUCGACACCAAGAGGAGAGAAAGAAAUGUCUGGGGCAAAGAUUAAAGUCAAAGAAAAAAGCCCAAAGUUUGCAUUAAAGUUUCCUCAGCACAAAAAAUCAAAAGUUCCAUCAUUAGAAGAUAUUGUGCCAUUAAAAAAUGCUGAUGCCAAAUUUAGACCUCCUUCAGUGGAAUUUGAUUUCAUUAUGCCACAAAGCAAAAAUGAAGUUAGUGUACCUAACACUAAAGUAGACAUCAAAAGUAAAGUAGAAGAAACUAAAGUGAAAACACCUAAGACAGACUUAGAUAGCAUGGAUAGCAAGAUGAAAAUGCCAAAUAUCAAAGUGCCAAAAUUAAAACUCUCCUGUCACUCAAAUCCAGUUAAUGGAGAUGCAAUCACAAAAAAGGAAGCAUCUGAGAAAGCAAAAUUAAAGACGCCAACAGUUGAUAUUGCUGCACAAAAUAUAGAUGUGGACGUGCAUAUCCCAAUGACUACAGAAAGUCCUGAAGUCAAGGAUGCUGAAACAAUUGAUCCAAAUGUGAAAUUAAUGAUGUUUAGCAUGUCAGAAGUUGAUAGAUCACUACCAAAACUAAGUCUAGAUGCAAAAGGGAAAGCUGGAGAUGAGAAAGAUGGAUCCAUGGAUAAACAGACAGGGAUUGCCCUCCCAAAAAUUGACAUUUCAAUAUCCAGUACUGAAAUAUCAGAUUUGAGCAUUAGUGGUCCAUCAAUUGUACCAAAGAAAACUAAAAAAGAUAUUGCUGAUGUGGGACUUACAACUACUGGAGAAAAAGUUGAACCCCCCAAAUUAGAUGUCUCCCUUCCAAAAGUAACCUCUCCUGAAGACAAAGUCAUUGUUGAAGGAUCUGGAAUCAAAGGUGGGGAAUUUCACAUACCAUCAACUCAACUAUCAUUGCAAAAGGAAAAGCUUAAGGGAGAUGUUUCUGUUGAGGCUGAGGUUAAAAAGGGAGGCAACUUUAAGUUGUCUCACCCAGAUAUUUCACUUCUGAAAGUGAAAUUACCAGAAGGAGAAAUGGAAGUCAAAGGAAGAAAACACCAAAUGCCAUCAUUUGAUCCAUCAUUGCCAAAAGGACAAGCUGAAGAAGUAAUUAAUAUUGAAGGACAUUCUGGAAAAGGAAGAAAGAUUGAAAUGCCCAAAUUUGACAUGUCUUUAACUGAAAAGAAAAUGGCAGAAAGUGAAAUCAGUAUUGAGGAACUUGAGGUCAAAGGGGGCAAGAUUGACAUGCCCGAUAUUGACAACAUAUUGCCAAAAGGAAAAGCAAAGUGUAGUGCUGACCUUGAAGUUGACAGUAGUAAAGGCGGAAAGUUUCAUUUGCCUGAUGUGGAUCUUUCCUUACCAAAAAUGAAAUCUCCAGACAUACACCUAAAUGUUGCAGGGCCUAAAGGUCCAAAAAUCAGUAUGCCAUCUAUAGACCUUUCUCUACCUCAAGGAAAAGUGGAUGGAGAUGUUUAUGUUGAUGGACAAUCUGGGAAAGGGAAAAAGUUUGAAAUGCCCAAGAUUGAUUUGUCUCUGCCCAAGUUAAAGUCACCUGAAGUUGACAUUUCCCCACCAAAACUGAGUUUACCAGAGGGUCAGAUUAAUGUUGAAGGCCCUGAUGUCAAAAGUGGAAAAUUUAGUUUGCCAUCCUUUGACACAUCAUUACCAAAAGGACAGGCUGAAGGAGAAAUUCGCAUUGAAGGACAUUCUGGAAAAGGAGGAAAGAUCAAAAUGCCAAAGCUUGAUAUUUCUUUGCCCCAAUUAAAGUCACCUGGAGGUGAAAUCAGUGUGGAAGGUCCUGAGAUCAAAGGUGGCAAGUUUCACAUGCCCUCUGUUGAUCUCUCUCUACCAAAGCAUAUGACUGAAAGGGAUAUCAGCCUUGAAGGAGAAACUAAAAAGGGAGGCGAGUUUAAAAUGCCCAAAUUUGAUAUUUCUGUACCUCGAAUGAAAACGACAGGAGGUGAAAUCAGUAUUGAGGCACCUGAUAUCAAAGGGGGGAAGAUUGACAUACCAGAUAUUGACAUUUCAUUGUCAAAAGGAAAAGCAAAAUGCAGUGCUGACCUUGAAGUUGACGGUAGUAAAGGCGGAAAGUUUUGUUUGCCUGAUGUGGAUCUUUCCUUACCAAAAAUGAAAUCUCCAGACAUACACCUAAAUGUUGCAGGGCCUAAAGGUCCAAAAAUCAAUAUGCCAUCUAUAGACCUUUCUCUACCUCAAGGAAAAGUGGAUGGAGAUGUUUAUGUUGAUGGACAAUCUGGGAAAGGGAAAAAGUUUGAAAUGCCCAAGAUUGAUUUGUCUCUGCCCAAGUUAAAGUCAACUGAAGUUGACAUUUCCCCACCAAAACUGAGUUUGCCAGAGGGUCAGAUUAAUGUUGAAGGCCCUGAUGUCAAAAGUGGAAAAUUCAGCUUGCCAUCCUUUGACAUAUCAUUACCAAAAGGACAGGCUGAAGGAGAAAUUGGCAUUGAAGGACAUUCUGGAAAAAGAGGAAAGAUCAAAAUGCCAAAGCUUGAUAUUUCUUUGCCCCAAUUAAAGUCACCUGGAGGUGAAAUCAGUGUGGAAGGUCCUGAGAUCAAAGGUGGCAAGUUUCACAUGCCCUCUGUUGAUCUCUCUCUACCAAAGCAUAUGACUGAAAGGGAUAUCAGCCUUGAAGGAGAAACUAAAAAGGGAGGCGAGUUUAAAAGGCCCAAAUUUGAUAUUUCUGUACCUCGAAUGAAAACGACAGGAGGUGAAAUCAGUAUUGAGGCACCUGAUAUCAAAGGGGGGAAGAUUGACAUACCAGAUAUUGACAUUUCAUUGCCAAAAGGGAAAGCAAAAUGCAGUGCUGACCUUGAAGUUGACGGUAGUAAAGGCGGAAAGUUUCGUUUGCCUGAUGUGGAUCUUUCCUUACCAAAAAUGAAAUCUCCAGACAUACACCUAAAUGUUCCAGGGCCUAAAGGUCCAAAAAUCAAUAUGCCAUCUAUAGACCUUUCUCUACCUCAAGGAAAAGUGGACGGAGAUGUUUAUGUUGAUGGACAAUCUGGGAAAGGGAAAAAGUUUGAAAUGCCCAAGAUUGAUUUGUCUCUGCCCAAGUUAAAGUCACCUGAAGUUGACAUUUCCCCUCCAAAACUGAGUUUACCAGAGGGUCAGAUUAAUGUUGAAGGCCCUGAUGUCAAAAGUGGAAAAUUCAGCUUGCCAUCCUUUGACAUAUCAUUACCAAAAGGACAGGCUGAAGGAGAAAUUGGCAUUGAAGGACAUUCUGGAAAAGGAGGAAAGAUCAACAUGCCAAAGCUUGAUAUUUCUUUGCCCCAAUUAAAGUCACCUGGAGGUGAAAUCAAGGUGGAAGGUCCUGAGAUCAAAGGUGGCAAGUUUCACAUGCCCUCUGUUGAUCUCUCUCUACCAAAGCAUAUGACUGAAAGGGAUAUCAGCCUUGAAGGAGAAACUAAAAAGGGAGGUGAGUUUAAAAUGCCCAAAUUUGAUAUUUCUGUACCUCGAAUGAAAACGACAGGAGGUGAAAUCAGUAUUGAGGCACCUGAUAUCAAAGGGGGGAAGAUUGACAUACCAGAUAUUGACAUUUCAUUGCCAAAAGGAAAAGCAAAAUGCAGUGCUGACCUUGAAGUUGACGGUAGUAAAGGCGGAAAGUUUCAUUUGCCUGAUGUGGAUCUUUCCUUACCAAAAAUGAAAUAUCCAGACAUACACCUAAAUGUUGCAGGGCCUAAAGGUCCAAAAAUCAGUAUGCCAUCUAUAGACCUUUCUCUACCUCAAGGAAAAGUGGAUGGAGAUGUUUAUGUUGAUGGACAAUCUGGGAAAGGGAAAAAGUUUGAAAUGCCCAAGAUUGAUUUGUCUCUGCCCAAGUUAAAGUCACCUGAAGUUGACAUUUCCCCUCCAAAACUGAGUUUACCAGAGGGUCAGAUUAAUGUUGAAGGCCCUGAUGUCAAAAGUGGAAAAUUCAGCUUGCCAUCCUUUGACAUAUCAUUACCAAAAGGACAGGCUGAAGGAGAAAUUGGCAUUGAAGGACAUUCUGGAAAAGGAGGAAAGAUCAAAAUGCCAAAGCUUGAUAUUUCUUUGCCCCAAUUAAAGUCACCUGGAGGUGAAAUCAAGGUGGAAGGUCCUGAGAUCAAAGGUGGCAAGUUUCACAUGCCCUCUGUUGAUCUCUCUCUACCAAAGCAUAUGACUGAAAGGGAUAUCAGCCUUGAAGGAGAAACUAAAAAGGGAGGUGAGUUUAAAAUGCCCAAAUUUGAUAUUUCUGUACCUCGAAUGAAAACGACAGGAGGUGAAAUCAGUAUUGAGGCACCUGAUAUCAAAGGGGGGAAGAUUUAUAUACCAGAUAUUGACAUUUCAUUGCCAAAAGGAAAAGCAAAAUGCAGUGCUGACCUUGAAGUUGACGGUAGUAAAGGCGGAAAGUUUCAUUUGCCUGAUGUGGAUCUUUCCUUACCAAAAAUGAAAUCUCCAGACAUACACCUAAAUGUUGCAGGGCCUAAAGGUCCAAAAAUCAGUAUGCCAUCUAUAGACCUUUCUCUACCUCAAGGAAAAGUGGAUGGAGAUGUUUAUGUUGAUGGACAAUCUGGGAAAGGGAAAAAGUUUGAAAUGCCCAAGAUUGAUUUGUCUCUGCCCAAGUUAAAGUCACCUGAAGUUGACAUUUCCCCACCAAAACUGAGUUUGCCAGAGGGUCAGAUUAAUGUUGAAGGCCCUGAUGUCAAAAGUGGAAAAUUCAGCUUGCCAUCCUUUGACAUAUCAUUACCAAAAGGACAGGCUGAAGGAGAAAUUGGCAUUGAAGGACAUUCUGGAAAAGGAGGAAAGAUCAAAAUGCCAAAGCUUGAUAUUUCUUUGCCCCAAUUAAAGUCACCUGGAGGUGAAAUCAAGGUGGAAGGUCCUGAGAUCAAAGGUGGCAAGUUUCACAUGCCCUCUGUUGCUCUCUCUCUACCAAAGCAUAUGACUGAAAGGGAUAUCAGCCUUGAAGGAGAAACUAAAAAGGGAGGUGAGUUUAAAAGGCCCAAAUUUGAUAUUUCUGUACCUCGAAUGAAAACGACAGGAGGUGAAAUCAGUAUUGAGGCACCUGAUAUCAAAGGGGGGAAGAUUGAUAUACCAGAUAUUGACAUUUCAUUGCCAAAAGGAAAAGCAAAAUGCAGUGCUGACCUUGAAGUUGACGGUAGUAAAGGCGGAAAGUUUCAUUUGCCUGAUGUGGAUCUUUCCUUACCAAAAAUGAAAUCUCCAGACAUAUACCUAAAUGUUGCAGGGCCUAAAGGUCCAAAAAUCAGUAUGCCAUCUAUAGACCUUUCUCUACCUCAAGGAAAAGUGGAUGGAGAUGUUUAUGUUGAUGGACAAUCUGGGAAAGGGAAAAAGUUUGAAAUGCCCAAGAUUGAUUUGUCUCUGCCCAAGUUAAAGUCACCUGAAGUUGACAUUUCCCCACCAAAACUGAGUUUGCCAGAGGGUCAGAUUAAUGUUGAAGGCCCUGAUGUCAAAAGUGGAAAAUUCAGCUUGCCAUCCUUUGACAUAUCAUUACCAAAAGGACAGGCUGAAGGAGAAAUUGGCAUUGAAGGACAUUCUGGAAAAGGAGGAAAGAUCAAAAUGCCAAAGCUUGAUAUUUCUUUGCCCCAAUCAAAGUCACCUGGAGGUGAAAUCAAGGUGGAAGGUCCUGAGAUCAAAGGUGGCAAGUUUCACAUGCCCUCUGUUGAUCUCUCUCUACCAAAGCAUAUGACUGAAAGGGAUAUCAGCCUUGAAGGAGAAACUAAAAAGGGAGGUGAGUUUAAAAUGCCCAAAUUUGAUAUUUCUGUACCUCGAAUGAAAACGACAGGAGGUGAAAUCAGUAUUGAGGCACCUGAUAUCAAAGGGGGGAAGAUUGAUAUACCAGAUAUUGACAUUUCAUUGCCAAAAGGAAAAGCAAAAUGCAGUGCUGACCUUGAAGUUGACGGUAGUAAAGGCGGAAAGUUUCAUUUGCCUGAUGUGGAUCUUUCCUUACCAAAAAUGAAAUAUCCAGACAUACACCUAAAUGUUGCAGGGCCUAAAGGUCCAAAAAUCAGUAUGCCAUCUAUAGACCUUUCUCUACCUCAAGGAAAAGUGGAUGGAGAUGUUUAUGUUGAUGGACAAUCUGGGAAAGGGAAAAAGUUUGAAAUGCCCAAGAUUGAUUUGUCUCUGCCCAAGUUAAAGUCACCUGAAGUUGACAUUUCCCCUCCAAAACUGAGUUUACCAGAGGGUCAGAUUAAUGUUGAAGGCCCUGAUGUCAAAAGUGGAAAAUUCAGCUUGCCAUCCUUUGACAUAUCAUUACCAAAAGGACAGGCUGAAGGAGAAAUUGGCAUUGAAGGACAUUCUGGAAAAGGAGGAAAGAUCAAAAUGCCAAAGCUUGAUAUUUCUUUGCCCCAAUUAAAGUCACCUGGAGGUGAAAUCAAGGUGGAAGGUCCUGAGAUCAAAGGUGGCAAGUUUCACAUGCCCUCUGUUGCUCUCUCUCUACCAAAGCAUAUGACUGAAAGGGAUAUCAGCCUUGAAGGAGAAACUAAAAAGGGAGGUGAGUUUAAAAGGCCCAAAUUUGAUAUUUCUGUACCUCGAAUGAAAACGACAGGAGGUGAAAUCAGUAUUGAGGCACCUGAUAUCAAAGGGGGGAAGAUUGAUAUACCAGAUAUUGACAUUUCAUUGCCAAAAGGAAAAGCAAAAUGCAGUGCUGACCUUGAAGUUGACGGUAGUAAAGGCGGAAAGUUUCAUUUGCCUGAUGUGGAUCUUUCCUUACCAAAAAUGAAAUCUCCAGACAUAUACCUAAAUGUUGCAGGGCCUAAAGGUCCAAAAAUCAGUAUGCCAUCUAUAGACCUUUCUCUACCUCAAGGAAAAGUGGAUGGAGAUGUUUAUGUUGAUGGACAAUCUGGGAAAGGGAAAAAGUUUGAAAUGCCCAAGAUUGAUUUGUCUCUGCCCAAGUUAAAGUCACCUGAAGUUGACAUUUCCCCACCAAAACUGAGUUUGCCAGAGGGUCAGAUUAAUGUUGAAGGCCCUGAUGUCAAAAGUGGAAAAUUCAGCUUGCCAUCCUUUGCCAUAUCAUUACCAAAAGGACAGGCUGAAGGAGAAAUUGGCAUUGAAGGACAUUCUGGAAAAGGAGGAAAGAUCAAAAUGCCAAAGCUUGAUAUUUCUUUGCCCCAAUUAAAGUCACCUGGAGGUGAAAUCAAGGUGGAAGGUCCUGAGAUCAAAGGUGGCAAGUUUCACAUGCCCUCUGUUGAUCUCUCUCUACCAAAGCAUAUGACUGAAAGGGAUAUCAGCCUUGAAGGAGAAACUAAAAAGGGAGGUGAGUUUAAAAUGCCCAAAUUUGAUAUUUCUGUACCUCGAAUGAAAACGACAGGAGGUGAAAUCAGUAUUGAGGCACCUGAUAUCAAAGGGGGGAAGAUUGAUAUACCAGAUAUUGACAUUUCAUUGCCAAAAGGAAAAGCAAAAUGCAGUGCUGACCUUGAAGUUGACGGUAGUAAAGGCGGAAAGUUUCAUUUGCCUGAUGUGGAUCUUUCCUUACCAAAAAUGAAAUAUCCAGACAUACACCUAAAUGUUGCAGGGCCUAAAGGUCCAAAAAUCAGUAUGCCAUCUAUAGACCUUUCUCUACCUCAAGGAAAAGUGGAUGGAGAUGUUUAUGUUGAUGGACAAUCUGGGAAAGGGAAAAAGUUUGAAAUGCCCAAGAUUGAUUUGUCUCUGCCCAAGUUAAAGUCACCUGAAGUUGACAUUUCCCCUCCAAAACUGAGUUUACCAGAGGGUCAGAUUAAUGUUGAAGGCCCUGAUGUCAAAAGUGGAAAAUUCAGCUUGCCAUCCUUUGACAUAUCAUUACCAAAAGGACAGGCUGAAGGAGAAAUUGGCAUUGAAGGACAUUCUGGAAAAGGAGGACAGAUCAAAAUGCCAAAGCUUGAUAUUUCUUUGCCCCAAUUAAAGUCACCUGGAGGUGAAAUCAAGGUGGAAGGUCCUGAGAUCAAAGGUGGCAAGUUUCACAUGCCCUCUGUUGAUCUCUCUCUACCAAAGCAUAUGACUGAAAGGGAUAUCAGCCUUGAAGGAGAAACUAAAAAGGGAGGUGAGUUUAAAAUGCCCAAAUUUGAUAUUUCUGUACCUCGAAUGAAAACGACAGGAGGUGAAAUCAGUAUUGAGGCACCUGAUAUCAAAGGGGGGAAGAUUGAUAUACCAGAUAUUGACAUUUCAUUGCCAAAAGGAAAAGCAAAAUGCAGUGCUGACCUUGAAGUUGACGGUAGUAAAGGCGGAAAGUUUCAUUUGCCUGAUGUGGAUCUUUCCUUACCAAAAAUGAAAUCUCCAGACAUACACCUAAAUGUUGCAGGGCCUAAAGGUCCAAAAAUCAGUAUGCCAUCUAUAGACCUUUCUCUACCUCAAGGAAAAGUGGAUGGAGAUGUUUAUGUUGAUGGACAAUCUGGGAAAGGGAAAAAGUUUGAAAUGCCCAAGAUUGAUUUGUCUCUGCCCAAGUUAAAGUCACCUGAAGUUGACAUUUCCCCACCAAAACUGAGUUUGCCAGAGGGUCAGAUUAAUGUUGAAGGCCCUGAUGUCAAAAGUGGAAAAUUCAGCUUGCCAUCCUUUGACAUAUCAUUACCAAAAGGACAGGCUGAAGGAGAAAUUGGCAUUGAAGGACAUUCUGGAAAAGGAGGAAAGAUCAAAAUGCCAAAGCUUGAUAUUUCUUUGCCCCAAUUAAAGUCACCUGGAGGUGAAAUCAAGGUGGAAGGUCCUGAGAUCAAAGGUGGCAAGUUUCACAUGCCCUCGGUUGAGCUGUCUCUACCAAAGCAUAUGACUGAAAGGGAUAUCAGCCUUGAAGGAGAAACUAAAAAGGGAGGCGAGUUUAAAAUGCCCAAAUUUGAUAUUUCGUUACCUCGAAUGAAAACAACAGGAGGUGAAAUCAUUAUUGAGGCACCUGAUAUCAAAGGGGAGAAGAUUGGCAUACCAGAUAUUGAUAUUUCAUUGCCAAAAGGAAUAGGAAAAUGCAGUGCUGACCUUGACGUUGAUGGUAGUAAAGGGGGAAAGUUUAAUUUGCCUAUGGUUGAACUUUCUCUACCAAAAAAGAAAUCACCAGAGACUGAAAUAAAAUUUGAAGGGCCAGAAAUAGAAGGCAAUAUAAUGCCUGAUGCCACUCUUCACAGAAGUACUGGGGGAAACAUAAGGUUACCAACUGUGAAGCUACCUACUGUUGACAUAUCAGCACCUAAAGUUGACUUUGCUCUUGACUUUGGGCUUCCAAAAGGAAAAGUAAAUGAUAGAGAAGAUAUCAAACUUCUCAAAGCUGAAGGCAGCAGACCAUCAUCUGGUUCAAGUUUUGAAGGCCAAGAUCUGACUCUAAAGAUGCCAAAAAUCUCACUUCCAACAUUUGGUCGAAAAUUUAAAUGUGGAGACAAAGAAGUAGGGUUUCCUGUCUUAUCUGCUGAUUUGGAUAUGGAAAUGCAAUCAACAUGUCUAGAAACAGAUGGUGAUGGAAAAAUGAAAGUCAAGGUUAAGACACCAAUCAUGAAAAUGCCUUCUUUUGGCAUAUCUAAAAGUAAUGUAGAUAUAAGGGGAACAGAUGCUGAAGCACACAUUAAAAUGUGUGAAAAAAACAUUUCGAAACCAGAAAUUAAAGCAGAAGGCCCUGAGGACAAAGAUAAAUACAAGCUCAAGUUACCCAAACUUAAAAUAUCCACUCCUAGAGUAAAUAUCCCAAAAGUAGAUGCUGCAUUUGAAGUGGAAGGAGAGAGGAGUAGUAGUUAUAAGGCCACUUUAGAUACAAAAGGAAAAGUCAAAAUACCAUUAGUUGAGAUAUCAUUGCAAGCAGCUGAUACACCAGAACAUGAGGCAUUAUUGCCCAAAACUGAGGUUGAUGUGUCUGAGGCAGAUAUCAAGGAUUAUGAGGGUAACUUAAAAAUUCCAAAAAUGCCAACUAUUGACAUAUCAAUUCCAAAUGUUGAUUUGGAUAUUGCCUUACCAAAGAUAAAACAUGAUGCAUCAGCUGUUUCCAGUUCUUUAGAUGUCAAAAAUGAAAAUGAUAAAUUAAAAAUACCACAUUUGAAAAUGCCAAAAGUAGAUACAUCACUACCCCAAGGGGACAUUGACACUGACACAGCAGAACUUGGGGUAGAACAGAAAGGUGGAAAGGAAAAAUUCAGGAUGCCAAAAGUUACAGUGCCAGCAGUGGAAAUGUCACUUUCAAGUGGGGAAAAUGGAGAAGUUAGUGUCUCAAAACUGGAUGCUGAAGAAAGAAGAAACUUAAAGAUUACAGACAUUAAAAUACCAAAGUUAGAUAUAUCAUUAUCCCAUGGGGAAAGAAAACACGUAGCUUCUACUGAAUAUGAAUGUGAAAGUAAAGGUAGCAAACCCACAAUGCCUAAAAUCUCAGUGCCAACAGUAGAGAUAUCAUUCCCCAAUAUUAUUACUGGGGCUUUCAGUCCUCCAAAACCUGAAGCUGACGUAAACUGUGGAAAAUUAAAGAUGGUAAAUGUUGACAAAUCUGUUCCUAAAAUCAAAACAGGAGACACAGAGGCACCAGAUUUAGAAACUGAGAGAUGUACAUUCAGAAUACCCAAUAUUAAAAUACCAAAUGUGACAGUUCCAUCAGUUGAUAUCAAGAAUGACCAAACCAAGGUGGAAGAAGAAGGGAGAUUUAAAAUGUUAUCCGGUGAGCAUAGGGGUGGAAUGCCAAACAUUGGAAUGCCAAAAGUUAAGACUUCUAGACAGGAGACAGAAAUGAGUAAGGCAGACAAAAUAGAUACAGGCUUUGGUAAUAUCAAACUGCCUGAAAUAGAGAUUGCUGGUCCUUCAGUAAGCAAUAAAGGCCAAGAAACAGCUACAUCUACAGAACCCACCAUGGAAGAUGCUGCUUUGGGUAAUAGAUUCUCAUUGCCUAAUAUUGGAAUAAAACCACCAAAGCUUCCAGAUUUAGACUUUGACAUUGGAACUUCCCAAGAUAAUUUUAGUGAUGAUAUAGAGAAUACAAAGAUGAGUUCCACCACUAAAAUUCCAAAGUCUGGUGUGGCUCUGCCUUCUGUAAGCUCUCCUGAAACCAAGUUAAACAUUAAAUCAUCAAAGGUAAAAGCUUGUUCAGUUACCACAGAUCCUGAAAUAGAAUAUGAGGGCCCUCCUAUGCCAAAAGUAAAGAAAGCAGUAUUUGUUUUGAUUGAUUCACAAACAGAAAGCUCUGUAAAAGUAACUAGUGAAACAAGUGCAGAAGCGGGAGAUGAGAAAAUGGCAAAUAUUAAAAUGGUUAAAACAGAAGGAAAGUCAAAAAAAGGCCAAUUUAAUUUGCCAAAAGCAUUUUUCUCUGGAAAAACAGGAUCAUUUGAUGUAAGCCAAGCAAGAUCAGAUGAUGGAACAGGCAUCGGUGGAAAUGGUGACCAAGGAAUGUUUGGAAAGUUAAAGUUGCACAAAGUUGAGUUUUCCUCACCAUACUCAAAAGAUCUGGGACAUGAGGGAGACUUUGAAAUUGGUAUGAAACUUGACAGAAAGGCAAACUCACCUGAAGACAAAGUGACAAAAACUGAACCAGGGAAAAUGUAUUGUCCUGGUUUCAAGACGAGGGGUGAGGAGGAGAAUGAAAGUUGUGGUGUAGUGUCUUCAAAAGCCAGAACAGAAAUGUUAUCAGAAAGGCAGGGGUCUGAGUCCCCCAUACCCAGGGUUUCGAUUGGUUUUGUCUCAGAGAAGACUUGUUGCCAAAAAGAACAUGAAUAUGAAGGUGAUGGUAGAAGCAGCAGUCAGAAAAGGGAAGAAAAAGAAGAUACAACUUUGUUUAAAGUACCCAAAGUACUUCUUAGCCCCCACUCAACUGGUAUCUUUCAUAUGACACCAGAAGAAUCUCUAAAGGGAAGCAAGUCCUCUUUACAGUAUUCAGGCAAAGAGGCUUCAGGAGGUUUCUACACGACAAUGCCAAAAAACAAAUUUUCGACACAGGAGACUUCAGAGACGUCAGAGCAUACAGUCACUACAACAAAGGAGGGGGCACUUACUGUAGUAACUAAGACAUCACAAUAUUCAGUAACUGAAUCAAAAAUCAGCAGAUCAACUGCACACUGGAGUGAGUGAAUUUAGGGCAAUUAAUUAAUAUGUGUUUUAUAUCACACACACACACACACACACACACACACACGUGUGUGUGUUUGUGUGUGUGUGUGUGUGUUGUUGUUCUUAUUUUAAUCUUUUUUUCAGCAUUGGAAAUGUUUUGACAAAGACAUAAAGUCAAAAUAUAUUGUAGAUGAUAAGUAUUUUUAUAUAGUUGCCACUUACCAGUCCAUAUUAUUCUUUAAAUGGACCUGGAACACUUUCAAAGAUAGCUAAUAAUCUUAAACCACACAUUCAUACAAAAGUGUUACUGUAGAUAAUAUAACUAUACACAAAUGUGGGUAGAAUUUGAAUUCUCUUACAUUUAAAUGAUAUGAAUGCUUUGGCUUAAUUUUGUACUUUAAGGCAGUUUAGUUCUUUUCCUUUCUAAGCUUUUUUUUUUCCCUUUUUAAGCAUUUUGGUUUUCCUUGUAAUAGUAGAAAAUAAAAAAUAGUAAUCAUUUCAUACUUACUCAAUUAAACUGUACAUAUAUUGACAAAAAAUAUUUGUAGUGCCAAGGACUUAAAUUUAGAAAUGAAUCCAAGAAUUUUAGUAAAACAUAUCUGAGUGUGAAAGUCUUCAUGUGGCAUAUCACCUGGUAUUAACACUUGUGUUAAGCAUACAACCUAAAAUGAACACGUAGCAAUAUUACUGUAUAUUUGUAAGGUGUUCAGUAUUGACAAUGUGACCUGUAAUAAAAAUAUUAAUAUUUCAUAACUA